UCCUCAUCAAGUUUUGAUAACUUUCUCACCAAUUUUUUUUUACUUUCUUGACAAGUUUAUCAUUUAAUCUCAACCAUCCAUCAAAGUUAAGUAAGUGACAAAUGUUUUGCUUAAGGUGACUCAUUUUAUUAGGAUAAGACAAGUGUGAAGUGUUCUAGAACAUUAUAUUCAUACAUUGAAUUUGUUCUCUUAAGCAUAUUCCAUUAGACUUGUCCUUCAAGUCACUCUUCUCUUCUAGAACAUUUGCUACUUAUACUUUAGUUAAAACACUAGGAAAUAAACUUCUGUAUUUACCAAUUUUAUUGGUUACCAAGUGUCAUUAAGUUUAACAAUUUCAAUAAGAAAUAGAUUACUAUAAGACCAUAUCAUGAGAAAGAAAUAUCCAUUCAUAUACAUUCAUAUAUAUGAUAUUUCUUACAACUGCGGCGAGAUAACUGGCGUGGAUGCGAAGAUGAAAGAUGGAGUCUUGAGGAUGAUUGUGUCAAGGGUCAAAGUCAAAGACCAUGGCAAGAAGUGUACUCACACUCUCCCUCCCAACACAGGUAAAUCUGGAAGAUACAGUAUGUGGUGAUGGAAGUUUUUGCAUGUCAUUUGACUUGCCAGGUGUCUGUGGUGAUGAUAUCUUGGUGCUGCCUAAUGAGAAUGAAGUCAAGUUCUAUGGUGAGAACAAGGAGGUGUAUGAGCACGAUGAGAGUUGCCGUAUCUUCAUGGGAGCCGUCAACGGCGCCUUCUUUUGUGCUCCUGGAGUUCCACUUUCGAGCCACCACAUCGCCUGGGAUGCUGAGUUUGGUGUUCUCAAGGUCCGUAUCUCACCUCCUGGCAGAGCGAGGAGUAGCUAGUUAUCUCUCCACUUCAUUUCACAUGUUAUGGUCUUCUUUUAUUUGCCGAGAACUUUUGGUUGUCUUUUGUAUGAAUCAAUCUAUAUUUUAAGUUCUUGAAGACAAGUUAAAGCUUUCAUCUUUACAUUUACUUUCUUGCACACAAUAAAGCUCUAUGAGCUAUUUUCCUUUCUAUCUUUUAUGUUUAAUCAAUUAUGAGAAAAGGUCUAGCCUUGUUUUGAGAUUA